GUGAUUUGCUGCUCUGGAGCGGCUUUGAAUGAUUUGGAGGGUCGCGGCUGGGAGGUGCGGGGCUCCAUGGAGCCUGUUGGUCACAGACAGCCGGGGCUGCGGCGGCGCUGAGAGCUGCCGGCUCCCGACACCGCAGCUUCGGAAGAAGCACCCGCUCAGCACCCCCUGGGCUCCGGCGGCCCUGUUCCGGACCACGAUCUGCUCCAGCAGCCAUCGCUUCCCCUCGGCCCUGCCCGAUGCCCGCUCCUGCUGAGCCCGCUCAACUUUUGCAGCUGGCGAUUGGCAACCCUUGAUCCCCGAGAUGACCCUGAGAGCUUGGCUGCUCUGCAUAUCCUGGACCCUGGCUGCAUCGCUGCAACUUCAGCAGGGCAUGCCAAAUGUAUGUCUGGAACAAGAGCUGGCAAUAGUGGGACAGCGGCAGCCGUGAGUUCAGGCUUUUACCCAGGUUGUCAAGAUGUGGAAACAAGGCUGCGCAGGACAUAGGUGGUGUAUGGCCUAUGAGAGAAGGACAGGAUAUUACACAGUCUACAAACAAGUGUACAUCAUAGAGCAUCAAACUGUCUACAAAUGUUGUCCAGGAUGGACCCAAAAAGAUGACGAACCUGGUUGCCUGCACUUGGUGUGCUCUGUAGGCACUUGCUUCAAUGGCGGGAAAUGCUCUGAAGGAGGAUCCCUGAUGUGCCAGUGUCCAGCAGGAUUUCAGGGUUCGCGCUGCCAGUAUGAUGUAAAUGAAUGUACCAUUGAGAAUGGCGGCUGUCAGGACCAGUGCUGCAAUACUAUCAGCAGCUACUACUGCAGGUGUCCAGCUGGCCAGAAACUGGGGGAAGAUGGAAAAUCAUGUGAAGAUAUCGAUGAAUGUGCAGUAGUGAAUGGAGAGUGCCAGCAGAACUGCGUUAACACUCUGGACUCCUUCUAUUGCAUAUGCGAUAUGGGAUACAGACUCCAUGCUGAUGAACGCACCUGCAUAGUAAAUUUAAUUGCUUUCAGUAGCACAAAUGAGAAUGGAGGAUGCGCACACAUCUGUCAAAAUGAGAGAGGAUUUGUAAAAUGUGAGUGCCAUCCUGGGUACUAUCUUUCUGCAGACAGAAAGUCCUGUGGAGACAUUGAUGAGUGUGCCGAAGAGACAGCCAGGUGUGCUCAUCGUUGUGUGAACACCCUAGGGUCCUUCACUUGUGUUUGUAAUCCUGGCUUUGAGGUGGGGGCUGAUGGAAAGCAAUGCUACCGCAUCGAAAUGGAAAUUGUCAAUAGCUGUGAAAGCAACAAUGGCGGUUGUUCUCAUCACUGCGAGCACUUGAUUGGUGGGCCUCACUGUUCUUGCAACCAGGGAUAUCUCCUUGAUUUGGAUGGGAAAACGUGCAUAGACCUGGAUGAAUGUGAGUCCAGCGAGGCCUGCUGUUCCCAGUUCUGCAUCAACUACAUUGGAGGCUUUGAGUGCAGCUGCAAGGCAGGGUUCCGGCUUAACGCUGAUGGCUGCGUAUGUGAUGAUGUGGAUGAGUGUCUUGGUGACAAUGCCAGCUGUGACCAGAUCUGUGUUAAUUCUCUGGGAUCAUAUGAGUGCAUGUGUAGAGAAGGCUACAGACUUAAUCUCGACAGACAUUCCUGCAUCUAUGAUGAUGAGCUAGAGGAGGAGGAAGAAGAGAAACCGGAGACCGCUAGGAUUCCAGGCCUUCGGUUCAGAAGACCUCCUCAGCUGCUUCAUUAUGCUGCUGCACUUGGCACCUUCUAUGAGGAUGAGGACAAAGAUGUACGAGGAGAACUCACUGUCAUGCGUAAAGUUGUUUGCCUGGAUAACACCUUUGGCAAUGAUUGUAGCCUGAACUGUGAUGACUGUAUAAAUGGAGGCAAAUGUAACAGUGAAAACAGUGGCUGCAUCUGUUCACCUGGGUGGACUGGACUUAUAUGUAACGAAACUUGCUCCCCUGGGACUUAUGGGAAAGAUUGUAAUAGCAUUUGUAAGUGUCAGAAUGGAGGCUCAUGUGACCGUGUGACAGGACAAUGUCACUGCCCACCGGGAAUUAAUGGACAGAUUUGUGAGGAUGGCUGUCCAAAAGGAUUCUUUGGGAAGAACUGUAACAAGAAAUGUAACUGUGCCAACAAUGGCUAUUGCCAUAGAUUCUAUGGAGCCUGUCUGUGUGACCCAGGGUUAUAUGGUCGCUUCUGCCAUCUAACUUGUCCCAAGUGGGCCUUUGGAGCUGGCUGUUCAGACGAAUGUCAGUGUGUCAAGGAGAACACUCUGACAUGCAAUGCCAGAAAUGGUACUUGCACCUGCAAACCAGGUUAUCAAGGGAACAAGUGCCAGAAAGAGUGUAUUCCUGGCUAUUAUGGAGCUGGCUGUAAGCUGAAGUGCAAUUGUUCUGCUGAUGCUUUGUGUGACCAGGAGACUGGAGACUGCAAGCAUCCGUGCCCACCAGGUUUCCAUGGAGAAAGGUGCCAUUUAUAUUGCCCUGAUGGUCUGUGGGGAGUAGACUGUCAGUUCUUCUGCGAGACCUGUGAAAAUGGAGGGAAGUGUAACAAAGAGACUGGAAUCUGUUACUGCCCUCUGGGGUACACUGGGAAAUCCUGUUACCUACCCUGCCCAAAUGGUUACUAUGGGCAAAACUGCCUGUUGCAGUGCAGCUGUAAUAGCAAUGCUCAGUGUCACCAUGUUACCGGAGAGUGCACAUGUCCUUCUGGCUGGAGUGGCCAUGACUGCAAACCUUGUGAUGCUGGCCAUUGGGGAGAGCGCUGUGAAAGCUUGUGUGUCUGCAAUAACAGCGAUGGUAGCUGUGACCCGGUCACUGGGAUUUGUUUCUGUGAAGCAGGAUACUCUGGGAAACACUGUGAGCAGAGCUGCCCUAAGGGAACCUUUGGCCCAAAUUGUAAGUACAGCUGUCAGUGCCAGAAUGGAGCUGCCUGUGAUCAUGUGAGUGGAGCCUGUACUUGUGUGGCUGGCUGGACAGGAGCUUUUUGUGAAAAAGCUUGUCCAGGUGGAUUUUUUGGACUUGACUGCCACCAGGUGUGUGAAUGCAAGAAUGCAGCUCACUGCGACCACAUCAUAGGAACGUGCCAGUGCCUCCCUGGAUGGAUGGGAGCCAAGUGUGACCAAUCUUGCCAGGGUGACAGUUAUGGGGAAGGCUGCAGUCAUGCUUGUAAUUGUCACAAUGGAGCGCGCUGUGAUCAUGUAACCGGGAUGUGUAUUUGCGUAGCAGGAUGGAGAGGAGCUACCUGCCAGCAAGCCUGUCCUUCUGGUUUAUAUGGCAUGAACUGUUUGCAGCACUGCAUCUGUCGCAAUCAGGCUGUGUGUGAUCAUGUAACUGGACAAUGCAUUUGUCCCAAAGGCUGGACUGGUAUAGCCUGUGAACUUGAGUGUGAGGAUGGGAAGUAUGGAGAGAGCUGUGAGGAGAACUGUAGCUGUGGCAAUGGUGGAAUUUGUGACCGACAUUCAGGGAAAUGCAACUGCCAUCCAGGAUGGAUCGGGGACCAGUGCAAUGUUGCCUGUCCCUCUGGAUUCUUUGGAAAGCAGUGUGAGGAACGAUGUGACUGUGAGCACAGCUCUUCCUGCCACCAUCAGAGUGGAGUGUGUCACUGUGAAAAAGGAUGGCGAGGAAAACGAUGCGACAAACGUGAGUUUCUGCUGAGACCUGCCCUUUGUUUGAGUGCUAUAUUUACCAAGACAAAUUUAAUUCAUUGGUUUACAUUUCCUCUUCCCUCAGCUUGUCCACCAGGCACAUAUGGUAAGAACUGUAACCAACUAUGUCAGUGCUCUGAAGAGAAUGAGGAAUGUCACCCAGCGACAGGCAAAUGCACCUGCCGACCAGGUUAUUAUGGAAUCCACUGUGACCUGAAAUGUCCACAAGGUACCUAUGGUCCAUACUGCCAAAAGGCAUGUAAAUGUUUUAAUGGAGGCCACUGUGAUACUGUGACAGGAACCUGUGAUUGUCCUCCUGGCUUCAUUGGUGCUGACUGCAGUAAAAAAAAGUUCAUGUUUCCUCUACUUUGUCCUGUAAGCCACUAUGGGAAGGACUGCAUGCUGUUGUGCUCCUGUGGGAAAGGGCAGUGUGACCCAGUGACUGGCAUGUGCUACUGUCCACCUGGCCAAAUUGGACCCAGUUGUCAGCAAGUGUGUCCCCAGGGAAGCUACGGCCCCAGCUGCCAGCUAAUGUGUAUCUGUAAGAAUGGUGGUAUCUGUGACCCUGUGAAUGGAUCUUGUUCCUGUGGACUUGGGUGGACAGGAAGUUACUGUGAGAAAGUGUGUGCCCUGGGUAAAUAUGGUUCUGACUGCCACUUAAAUUGUUCUUGUCAGAACAAUGGAUCUUGUGACAGCUUUACUGGUUGCUGCCAAUGUCCAGAAGGUUACUACGGUCACUCUUGUGAGCACACCUGCCCUGCUGGAUUUUAUGGUCUAAACUGCAUUCACUCUUGUGAUUGUAAAAAUGGAGCUACUUGCAAUCCAGUGACUGGACAGUGCAUUUGUCCUGCAGGUUAUGAAGGUGUCCAGUGCGAAAAAGGCUGUAAUGUUGGAAGAUUUGGAGACAAAUGUCAGCAUCAGUGUGACUGUGAAGGAGUAGCCUCAUGUGAACCUGUAACUGGAAGGUGCCUUUGUCCACCUGGCAGGACUGGAGACAAAUGCAACAUUGAAUGCAGGUCAGACCAGUACGGCCCCAGCUGCUCUCUGAGAUGCCAGUGUGCCAAAAGAUCCCAGUGUCAUCCUUACAAUGGGAGCUGCAUGUGUCCUGCCAAGUGGAUGGGGCCAACCUGUGAAGAAGGAGGCCCUCCAAAACUUCCUUCAUAUGAAGAACAAACUCAGGAAAGAGGGAAUGCUUUUUCAAGAUCUCUACAACAGUAAUGCUUGGACUAAUAAAUGAAUUGUUUUAUAGGCACAGGUAGUAUUUAAACUUGAGUACAAGAACUGCUUGAAUUCAGUUUGAACUGUGCUGAAAUAUUCACACUUUUUCAUGGAAGACAACAGUGGCCAAUAAGUAGUUUGGAUCCCUUUUUAAAACUUCUAACCUGUUUCAUUUAUUUGUUCUUAACCUCCUACUUCUCAAUUUAUUCACUCUGGAUAUUCUUUCAGAUUGCUGUUGUCACAUAUUGUUUGAAUUACAUGUGAGGGGAAAUAUUUUUAGCAAACUAUUUCAAGACUAUCAUGAUAAAGAAAGUAAUAUACACAUUUACAAUGAGCCACAUUAAAUACCAGUAGCUUUCUAAACCCAGCUGGCAAUGGGACUGGUGAUAAUACCUGUUUGAACUUGGAGGUCUCAAGCUUAGAUCUGGUUUAUGUAAAAGAGUGUAUCUACCAGAGGACAGCAUGGAAUCUGUGUGGGUUUUCUUCAUGCGCUAUCCAGUAGAUUUAGUUUUGCUGGUUUGUCAAAGUCAAACUAUUCAGUGGCUGUCAAAGACACAGCCCCUUUUAAUUUCAGAAGAAAGCUAUAUCUUUCGUGGAUGGUGUGGGAAGCAGGCAGAGAUGUCUGAUUAUUGGUGAUUUUAAGAAAAAAUAUAUCUCCUUUUAAACAAGACAUUGUAAUGUGUUUGUACUACCCAGUUUGGUGAAGUAAGACUUUAAAUUCUGAGAAUUUAAAAUGGUUCUGACUUUGUUCAAUGUUAUCUGUUAAUCACUUUGUAAAACAAAGUGAUCAUGGUUACUGAAAAUACAGUUAAUACUAUAUCCUUUAAAUAUAGGACUAAGUAACUGUAAAAAUACAAUGUUCUACAUCAGUGGUUCUCAAACUUGUUCCGCUGCUUGUA